AUGAGAUUCUUUUUAGGGGUUUUAGAGAAUGGGAUGGGUAUAGAGAAUUUUGCUAGUCUCUCUGAAAAGGGCAUAUGCGGUAGAGUUGAGUUGCCUAAAAAUCAAAAUCCCCCCUUUUCACUUCCUCGUGGCGGCCCGAUGCCGCCGCACGCCGGCGUCGACCUCCCGCGCGCCAUCUGCGCCGCCGUCAUCAAAUGCUCCUUCUCGCCGCACGCCCGCCUUCUCGCCGCGGACCCGUCCCUCCUCGCCGCCGUCCUCGGCCGCCUCUCCCCGCUGCCCUCCGCGGCCCUCGCUUUCUUCCGCGCGCUGCCGCCCCCGCACCCGCUCGACGCCACCCUCGCCCUCGUCCGCCUCCUCGCCGCGCACCCGCGCCACCACCCGGUCGCGCGCUCCCUCCUGCGCGACCUCUCCCUCCGCCACCCGCUCUCCUCCCCGCUCGUCCUCCCCUCGCUCCUCGCCGAGCCCCGCGUCCCGAGCUGGCUCCUCCUCGCGCUCGCCCAGGGCGGCCGCGCCGGCGACGCCGUCCGGGUCUUCGACCACAUGCGCGCGGCGGGCCUCGCGCCCGACGCCCACGCCUGCACCGCGCUCCUCACCUCGCUCGCCAGGGCCCGGAUGACGGCCACCGCGCGCAGGGUGUUCGACGAAAUGGGCCUGGCCGGGGUCGCCAUGAACACGCACGUCUACAACGCCAUGCUGCACGUGUGCCUCAAGGCCGGCGACGCCGCGCGCGCCGAGGCGCUGAUGACGAAGAUGGACGCUGCCGGAGUCCCGCUGGACCUCUUCUCCUUUAACACCGCCAUCGCGCUGUACGUCAGGAAGGGGAUGCAGUACGAGGCGAUGUGCGUGCGGGACCGGAUGGCGAACGACGGUGUCGAGGCCGACAUCGUCACCUGGAACACCGUGAUCCACGGGAUGUGCAAGGAGGGGAGGAUGAAGGAGGCAGCCCAGCUCCAUAGGGACAUGGUGGCGGCAGGUGUAGAGCCGGACAUGGUGACGUAUACCACUCUGGUGGAUGGGUAUUGCCGGGCGGGUGAUGUGGGGGAAGCGAUGAAACUGCGAGGGGCAAUGGAGGGAAGGGGGAUGUUACCGGGUGUGGCUAUGUACAACGCAAUCAUUAGGAAGCUCUGUGAGGAUGGUAAGAUGAAGGAAGUGAACGGGUUGCUUAGCGAAAUGGAUGAGAGGAAGGUGCAGGCUGACCAUGUGACGUGCAACACGCUGAUCAACUCAUACUCCAAGAAGGGGGACAUGCCCUCGGCGUGCAAGGUCAAGAAGAGGAUGAUGGAGUCAGGGUUGCAGUUGGAUCAGUUCACUUACAAGGCUCUCAUCCAUGGAUUCAGCAAGGCCAAGCAGCUAGAUGAAGCCAAAGAGGCCUUAUUUGAGAUGAUGGGUGCAGGAUUUUCACCCAAUUAUAGUGUAUUUUCAUGGCUCGUCGAUGGCUUCUACAAGAAGAACUGCGCAGAUGCAGUGCUACUCAUUCCUGAUGAGCUUUUGAAAAGGGGCCUUCCUCCAGAUAAAUCAGUAUACAGGUCUCUGAUCCGAAGGCUCUGCAAGAAGGGGCUGGUUGAUCUUGCCCAAAAAGUACUUCACCAAAUGCAAGGCAAAGGCCUAGAAGCUGACUGUCUGGUGUAUGCCACACUUGCAUACGCACAGCUGAGCACAGGAAAGCUGGCUGCUGCUUCCGAUACAUUGGACGAAAUGUCGAAGAGGCAGCUGUCUGUGACGCCACAGAUCUACAACUGCCUGUGCACUUCUUAUGGGGACGAGAAGGAGACACUGAACAUGUUCUGGGUUCAUGCCAUCGAGAGAGCCCUGAUUGGGAAGAGUGUGUACAAACUGAUGCACCAAGCAAGGGUGAAAUCAUCAAAUCCUGGAGUUGAGAACGAGGGACAUGCUCCUGUUUCAAGGCCGAGCUUACCGGCGUCUGCGAAAUGA